AGUCAAAAAGUGUCAAAAUUUCCCCUCAAAAGCUGAAAAAUAAAAAUAUUUUUAUGUGAUUUUGUCGUGCGAAUCGUGCGUGUUUUCAGUGAUUUUCUUGGGUGCUUGUGGUCAAAAAAGGGUGUUUAGGACUUUGCAAAGAUGUAUUUGAUGAAAUCACCAACCCUGCGAAUAGAUAAAAGUGAUUUGGAGUGUCGAAAUGGAUGUGGAUUUUAUGGAAAUGCCCAAUGGGAUGGUUUAUGUUCAAAAUGCUACCGGGAUCGGAAUUCCAAGGGAACCAGCAAAGCAAAACAUCAUUUUCCGGGCAUCCGGAAAGAUGCGUCAGAGGUCAAUAGGCAUUCACAGUUGUCGCGUCAACCAGCGCCAGUGCAAUCACAAUCGCAUUCUCCCCAUCCGGCGGCAAAUGUGCAUGAUAAGCUAAAAAAGCGAACAAUCUUGGAAGUGUUCAAAAAGUCACCCAAUGCUAAGGAGAAUGCCGAGAAGCAGAGGCACUAUCAUGCCAAAGUUCAUCCUCUCGAUAAGGCUGAACUGGAGUAUGCUGAGGCCCUGAAACAGCUCAAAUUGGCGGAUGAGACGAAGAAGGAAUUGAAGUACUUGAUCCAGAUGUUUGACCAACUAAUCCACAAGAAGUACACCAGCUACAAUGUGGACAAGAUCAGCGACAGUGUCCAGAACAGCUACAUCAAGAUGUCAGACUACAUGAGCACCGAAGGAUCUGCCUUCGAGAGCACAACGUCCGAGCAGAGGGAAGAAAUUCUGGACUUCUUUGAGAAAUGCGUCAUGACGCGGAAUCACAAAAUCCUCUUUUCACCUCCAUUCACAAAUGACGAGGAGAAGGAUUCGGCUAUUCAGUCGCGAAUCCGUCAACUGAGCUGGAUCAAUGCUAAGCACCUUCUGUGCAGCAUCGACGAGGUCAAUGCUGAAGUGCGUGACUUGGUGUACAGUGCAAUCACAGAACUUGUGGCGAUGGAUUCCUUCCAGUCGCCACAGGAGAAGCUUGAGUGCAUUGUACGGUGCUGUCGGAAUAUUUUCAAUUUGCUGAAGCACACGGGAAAUGGAGGUCCUGCUAGUGCUGAUGAAUUUUUGCCGGCAUUGAUCUUUGUGGUGCUCAAAGCCAAUCCGGCUCGACUUCACAGCAAUAUCAACUACAUCACACGCUUCAGCAAUGCCAGUCGACUGAUGAGCGGGGAGGGAGGGUACUACUUCACGAAUCUCUGCUGUGCCAUCUCGUUCAUUGAGAAUCUCACGGCGGAAUCACUGUCAAUGGCUGAGGAGGAGUUCCAGGAGCUCAUGUCGGGCGAGAAGAUGUGCAAUUCAGCCUGGGAAAGUGCUCUGUUGGCCUGUGAGAGUCUCAAUCUCAUCUCGGACAACAUGAAGGUCAUGGCGGAUCUCAGGAAGAGAAACGAGGACCUUCAGGAUGGCAUUGAGGCAAUGAACAGAGAUAUGGAUGACUUCAAGAAUGAGAUUUCCCGGAAGGUAUCUGAGGUGAUUAGUCGAACUCCUCUAGUCCUCAAGCCCAUCCAUUCGCGGCAAAACUUGUCACAAAAUCGCAAAAACAUCACAAAUUCUGUGGAUCAUGCAUCUGGAGGAGGACACUUCCAGGCCAAUCUUGUGUCCGUGUUGAAGUUUGAUGAGGCCCAGGCGCCUAAAUUCAAAGUGGACACUGUGUCGGGAAUUCCCCUGGCCAGUGUUGAUGAGAUUCUGGAUAAGGUGGAACAGCCGGAACUGGAGACACUGGCCAGGAAUCUGACUGACACUCUCGAAACGCCGAAAGAUGAGGGAAUGUUGGGAACAAUUAGUGCGAGUAAUUCAACAGAUGUCCUAUCAGCUUCGCCCAUUUUUGGCUAUAGUUCUUUCGAUGUGCAAUCCCUGGAUAGCCUGGCGACUCCGGAUGAGUUCGUACCAAUUGAUUUUAGGCACGGACUCACUAAUAUCAACUACGACUUUGACUUCUCGGACAAUAGUGCUGAGAACAGUGUCGCUGAGGACGUUGGUGGUGAUGUCAAGUGCUCUCUGCCGGCUUCUAGGUCAGAUUUGGAGGAAUUUGAUCCACUUCUGGCUAGAGAGGCUGAAGAAAUGCCACCAAAAGACCUCAAAAUUGCAGACCAAAGACAAAUUGAGGGGGAAAUGAUGCAGAGAAGUAUCAUUGAUGGAGGUGAUUCACCAAAUGAAAUCCUCCUGCCGUCUCCACUCAAACCCAUUGCACCCGAUUACAAGGGAUUCACAAAGCAGGGACAGAAUAUUCCAACAAUUUCCUGCAAUACUGGUGACUUUGGUGCACAUUCAUCCAAACAAUGAGUGUCCUGCUGGAAUAAAACCUUCACAACGAGGUGCUCUAGUCUCCCCCCUCCCACAAAAUUAUUCCAGGAAAUUCCCUCUGGAAUGAUACUGCUAACUCUGUGUUGUUCAUUUCAACUUUUAUUUUUCUUUCUGCCAAGAUAAUAAAAAAUCCGCAGUUUUAUCGAUUUGAAACAAA